AUGGUUGCAGGCAUCGCCUCGGCUGGUCUGACUUACAGUUACGGCUAUGCACCCCAGGCCUGGUUGCUGCUGUUGGCUGCCACGACCUUCCCGCUGGCCAUUGCCAUCCUGCAUAUGUUCAAAAGCGCCGUUGUUGCAGGCCACUAUAUGGCUGGCAACAUCCUGACCCAGAGCAUUCUGCUGGCCACUGACCCCGUCAUCGGUUGUGUGGUGCUGAUCAGUCUCGCGGCAGCGGUCGCACUGCUGGGCAAGAUUGGCUCCCGGGUAUGGCUUGGCCUCAUUGUGCUGCGCUGUGUUUAUGUCGCUUCCACGGUGGAGGGUAUUGACGCUUCAUCCAUUGCCGCGGUGUCUGGAUUGAUUUCCGUUGUGGUCUUUUUUGUUGUGCAGUUAUCCGAGCGUUCACGCAACCGCUCAGAUAAACGCGCCCGCGCCCGCACGGCCACUACCCAACAACAGGCAUCCAUUCUGCAAUCUCUGAUAGAGCAGUAUUUCGACGUCGUCAUGCAGGUGAAAGGUGACGAAGUGUUUGUUGUCUCCGAGGGUAUAGACAAGCUGCUGGGUUACAGAACCGGCAAUUUUAUCGACCAGCCACUGUCUUACUAUCUGCAUCCGGAAGAAGCCCAGCUGCUGAACCAGCUCAGCCCGGAAAAACCGCCUCUGCGAUGUGAGGUAAGGCUGCGCCAUGCGGAUGGCCGUUGGGUCUGGGUUGAGCUUUACGCAACACCCGGCAUUCUGAUGGAGGGUAAUCCUAAUCACGUGCAGAUUGUCCUGCGCGACUACGAAAGAGAACGCAAAGUCGGCGACCAGCUGACCCAGGCCCAGCGCCUGGAAAGCAUGGGCUCCAUGGCGGCCGCUGUCGCCCAUGACUUUAACAACAUGUUGACGGUGAUUAUGGGCAUCACCGACGAGCUGCCGGAAGGCACAUCCCGGGAUGAAAUCCGGCGGGUAGCCGGCAGCGCCGCCAAUCUCACCAACAAGCUGCUCACCUUUGGCCACGGCCAGCCAGCAUCGUCGGAAAUCCAUGACCUCAGCCACCUCAUGAGCGAACAGAGCCUGCUGCUGCAGCACACGCUGGACUCCCGCUAUGUCGUGGUUGAAUCUUAUGUGGAAGAGCCGCUGCUGGUUCGUAUCAAUGAAUCUCAGUUUGAACAGGUGCUGGUGAAUCUGGUGAACAACGCCCGGGAAGCGAUGCCCGAUGGCGGUGAGCUGGAGGUGUCAUUGCAGUCGGUGGAAUUUGACAGCGACGUUGAAGGCGCUAAAUCCGGUCACUACGCGCUGCUGGAAGUGGGUGACUCCGGCCGUGGCAUAGACGCCGAAACCCAGGCAAGAAUUUUUGAUCCGUUUUUCAGUACCAAAGACACGCAGAGCAAUUCCGGCCUGGGUCUGUCUUCCUGUUACGGCAUUGUUUCCCAGUACGGCGGUUUUAUUGAAAUUGAUUCCAGGGUAGGUGUGGGUACCACGAUUAAAGUUUAUCUGCCGAUUGCUGAAACCCGCGACUAUCAACCGACGUUAGACGUCAUCGAUAACGAAGUGAGCAUCAUGGUCAUUGAUGACGAUCCCGGCGUUGUGCGCGUGGUGCGCAAAGCCCUGCAACGGGCGGGCUACCAUGUGCGCGGAUUCACCGAUGUCAGCUCCGCACGGGAUUUUUUCUCACCAAACGGUGUGUCCCUGGUGAUCACCGACGUGGUCAUGCCGAGAAUAACCGGCGCCAGCCUGGUCAGAGAACUGCGUGAGCGCGCACCGGACCUUCCGGUACUGUUUAUCUCCGGUUUCACCAACGACGCCCUCAACGACUGGACACCGGAUCAUCAGACCAGCUAUCUGGCCAAACCUUUUCGACCGGAAGAGGUGGUUGCCCGGCGCGGCAUACACAUGACGGAAAACGUACAUCAUCGGCUCAUCGUAUUGGGCUCCGGACCCGCCGGUUAUACCGCAGCCUUGUAUGCCGCUCGCGCCAACCUCAAUCCAGCGCUGAUUACCGGCGUUGAAGUCGGCGGUCAGCUCACCACCACCACAGAAGUGGAGAACUGGCCGGGUGGUCACGCCGAACUGCAGGGCCCGGAGCUCAUGAUGCAGAUGGCGGAACACGUAGAGCGUUUUGAUGCCCAGAUCAUCAACGAUCACAUCCAUACCGCCGAGGUGGGUGUUAAGCCGUUCAAACUGAUGGGUGACCAGGCCACCUACACCUGUGAUGCCUUGAUUAUUGCUACCGGCGCGUCAGCCAAAUAUCUGGGCCUUGAGUCAGAAGAAAACUUCAAAGGCCGCGGCGUCAGCGCCUGCGCCACCUGCGACGGCUUUUUCUACCGUGGUCAGGACGUGGCGGUUAUUGGCGGUGGCAACACCGCUGUUGAAGAAGCCCUGUAUCUGGCCAACAUCACCAACAAGGUAUAUCUGGUGCAUCGCCGCGACGAGCUGCGCGCAGAAAAAAUUCUGCAGGAUCGCCUGCUGGCCAAAGCCAACAUCGAACCCAUCUGGAACCACAAUCUUGCUGAAGUGCUGGGUGACCAGCAGGGUGUUAACGGUAUGCGCAUCACCAGCAAUGACGGCGAAGAUAAGCAGAUUGAUCUGAUGGGUGUGUUCAUUGCCAUUGGCCACACACCGAACACCGGCAUUUUUGCUGAUCAGCUGGAUAUGGAGAACGGCUACAUCCGCAUUCACAGCGGUAUUGAAGGCAAUGCCACAGCAACCAGCGUGCCGGGUGUGUUUGCUGCCGGUGACGUGGCUGACCAUGUUUAUCGCCAGGCCAUUACCAGCGCCGGCUUCGGCUGUAUGGCCGCGCUGGACGCCGAGAAGUAUCUCGACGCCCUGGAGGAUUAG